UUUAUGCUGGAGGCUGCUGCUCGAGGAGAAUGGUGCACCUUAGGGCUCUCCAGGACCGCGCUGUUUUUAUCUGAACUUUUGUCGUUCGUGCAUCUUUGCUCGCGUACAGUCCGAAACAUUUUACAGUCACUGUGACUCGCGCUACAAAUGGCUAAGAAUCCCCCCGCGCAACGACGCAAGACUGCCAUGUCUGUCUUUAUUCCACUGUUUUUCACUGGAAUGACUUUGGCAGAUCAAACACGGCUUUCGGACAGCUUUGGACUAACCUAUGGCUUAAGGUCAGAGCUUUCUGAGGAUGCUAUACUGGUCGCCAACAACGGAAUAAGGGUCCCUUUCGGCAGGUCUGUUUUUGUUGAUCCGGUCAACGAUUUGGUUAUCCAGGUUCAACCCGGAGACAAGUGCACCUUGACUGUUCUGGAUAACGACCCUUUAUCACAGAGACCGGGUCAGCUGUCACCUAAAAAGUUCCCGUGUGAAUUUGGUCCCAACGACGUGAAGUACUCGCACUUCGGAUCACGGAGCCCGUCCAAAGACAGGGUGAGACUCCAACUUCGAUAUGACACACAGACCGACACGGUGAUCGUUCCGUUCAUGAUGGAGGUAGAGGUGGUGUUUACUCAGCUGGAGAUUUUGACUAAAAACAUGCCCGUUACAGUGGAAAAACUGCUUGGGAUAAGUCAUCCAAUCGAUAAGAAAAUUCUUGAGUUUACUUUCGAUAGAAACGCUUAUCAGUGCAAAGUAACGUCUCUUGCUAGUGCCAGUGCUCUGCCCAGGUAUGGAAAGCUCAUCGAUGAAGGUAAAUUAAGCAAAAUGAUUGACUGUGAUGAAUUUAUCAUGCUGAACAUUCGCUAUCAGCACACCUUUGCCCAUCAUUCUCCGAACCGAGAUUAUGCCCCAAUGUACGUAGAACUACAAGACAAGGAAAGUAACGUUGUGAAGCAGGAGUUUUUCCAAAUUAUGAUGCGCAUUAAAGAGGGUGAGGAGAACAUGGCUCCUAAACCCAGCUUUGUGGCCAUGAUGAUGAUGGAAGUCAACCAGUUUGUGAUGACCGCUAUAACCCCUGACAUGCUAGCCGCCGAGGAUGUUGAAUCGGCUCCCGAUGACCUAAUCUUCAACAUUACCUCUCCCUUAUCAUUUGAGGAAGGCUACAUUGUUAGCACAGACGAUAGGAAUUUGCCGAUCACAUCCUUUUAUCAGGGGGAUCUGAAGGAUCUUAAAAUAGCAUACAAGCCUCCAUCCGUGGAUUCAGACGUUGAGAGGAUUUUCCAAAUUGAGUUUGUGGUUGUAGACACAGAGGGAGCUGUCUCAGAUCCCUUUGCAUUCAUGAUUGCGGUUAAGCCCAUGAACACUCUGGCUCCUGUUGUGACCCAUAACACGGGGCAGCUGUUGUACGAAGGCCAGUCCAGGCCGCUGUCCAGCUCACAGAGCCUGCAGAUCAGCGAUGAGGACAAUUUGAAUGAUGUGAGGGUGACGGUGAUUGAUGGGCUGAAGCAUGGAGAGCUGACGGUCCUGGGGUCCAGGAGGAAGUUCUUUACGCCAGCGGACCUUGACCUUGGCGCUGUCAUCUACCAGCAUGACGGCAGCGACACCUACAGCGACAACAUCAUUUUCCGCAUGACGGACGGCAAGCACGAGGUGGAAUUCCUCUUCCCCAUAACUGUGGUCCCAACUGACGAUGAGCCCCCCAUCAUCAACGCCAACACAGGCCUGGUGGUGUACAAAAAACAGAUGGUGCUUAUCUCCCCUUUAAUGCUCAGUGCUGCUGACAUCGACUCAGAGGACUCAACGAUUACAUUUCUUAUGCAGCCUCCUUUCUCUAGCGUAGGGGAGGUGCUGCUCCGCCAGGCGGAUGCGCCAGAGGACCCCUCCACAUGGAGGUUUAAUUCUGAAGAUGAGAUGUACGAAAAGCCAGUGACACAGUGGCUCCAGCAGGACAUUACCGAUGGGAAGCUGUUCUACAGGCACGUGGGGCCUCACAACACCCAGGCCAUUAUGGAUCAGGUAGUUUUCCGAGUCCAAGAUGAUAAUGAUCCACCGAAUCAGUCAGGGGAGAACUCUUUUGUCAUCAAAAUUCUGCCAGUUGAUGACAUUCCCCCGGAGCUGUACCCUGGCGUCACCCUGCAUCUGACUGUACAUGAAUUUCAGCUCACCUACUUCCGUAAGAAAUUCUUGCGUUAUACUGAUUUGGACUCAGACGACAGGGACUUAAAGUACACCAUCACUCAACCACCGACAGACACCGAUGAAAACAGCCCUGGUCUUCUGGGAAGCAUCGUUUUGACAGAGACUCCAAAUACAGAGGUCAUAGAGUUCACCCAAGCGCAGAUAAAUCACCAUAAGAUUGCAUACAAGCCUCCUGAUCUGGAGUUGGGAAUAACUCCACAUGUAAUCCAGUUCCAGUACACUGUGGAAGACACAGCAGGGAACAGCGUCAGCGGAGUGUUCACUAUUUUCUUGCAGCCUGUUGACAACAAGCCACCCCAGAUAACCAACACAGGGUUCAGCGUCCUGGAGCGGAGCACGCAUGGCAUCACGCGCACGGAGCUUCACACCGCAGACCCGGACACGGACCACGCAAAGAUUUCUUUCACACUCACCCAGCCUCCUCUGCACGGCCAGGUCAUGUACACAUCGAUCCGCCUGACCAAGGGGGGUUCUUUCAAUCUGGAUGAUAUUUCUAACGGCAGGAUCUCCUAUGUUCACAGCGGAGACGAGUCCACCAAUGAUUUCUUUCAGCUCGAUGUGAGUGACGGGGUCCAUGUUGUCCCGAUUACCAUCAAGAUAAAUGUGAAGCCCGUCGACGAUGAGGCUCCAAUAAUAAACCUUCCAGAAGGUACCAUUGGCUCCUACAUUGACGUGCUGGAGAAUGGAGCUACAGAGAUCACCACCAAUGUAAUUCAGGGGCGAGACGAGGACACCGAUGACCUCAGGCUGACCUUCAUAGUAGAAAAUCCGCCAGUGUUUGGUGACAUACUGGUCAAUGGGGUGCGGUCCAAUACAUUUACUCAAGCUGACAUCAUUAGUGGCCUGGUAGCGUAUACGCACACAAGUGAAGAGAUUGGCCUCGCUGUAAAACAGGACUUCUUUAAUCUGACGCUCACCGAUAUGUCUGAUGAGUGGACCGUGGGAGGAAAUAAAAUCAAGGGUGUUCGAGUGCAAGUGAUUAUACUGCCAGUAGACAACCAAGCUCCUGAGGUGUUUGUAGGGCCCCAAUUCACUGUCGUUGAGGGUGAGAAAAACGUCAUUCAAACGUUGCACAUAAGUGCUGACGAUAUAGACACUCCCAACGAUGACCUUUUGUGUACAGUCAUUGUUCAGCCCACAUCAGGCUACUUGGAAAACAUCUCUCCAGCUCCGGGAUCGGAGAAGUCCCGGUCUGGAACUGCCAUUAGUGCGUUCACCAUCAAAGACAUAACCCAGCACCAUAUCUACUAUGUCCAAAGCAUUCACAAAGAGGUGGAGCCAGUUGAAGACAGGUUCACGUUCAGAUGCUCAGAUGGCAUCAACUUCUCGGAGAGGCACUUUUUCCCCAUUGCAAUAAUCCCGUCCAAUGACGAGAAGCCGGAGAUCCACAUGAGAGAGUUUGUAGUGAUGGAGGGCAUGAACGUCGUCAUCGACACGCCUAUACUGAACGGCGUCGAUGCGGAUAUUCCCACAGAUGAGCUGACAUUUAUCAUCACUAAACCCCCCAAACACGGAAUCGUUGUGAAUCAGUUAACCUCGGGUGUUGUCCCCGUGACAAACUUUACUCUAGAGCAGAUAAGAGAGGCCUCCAGCAUUGUUUAUGAGCAUGAUGAUUCAGAGACCACAGAGGACAGUUUUAACAUUCUUCUCACCGAUGGCAAAUUCACAGUGGAAAAAACAGCCGUUAUCAUGAUCAUCCCAGUGGACGAUGAAACUCCAAGGAUGGCAAUUAAUGAUGGCCUUGAAAUAGAGAUAGGAGAAGUGAAAGAAAUCAACAACAAAGUUUUAAAAGCCACAGACCUUGACUCAGAGGACAGCACCCUUACCUACAUUAUCCGAUAUGGUCCCAACCAGGGAUUUUUACAAAGGAAAACCCCAUUUGGAACACUAGAGAACAUAACCGUUGGAACGAACUUCACGCAAAGUGAGGUGGAUCAAAGUUUGAUGGUGUACGUGCACAACGGCCAAGAGGGAAUACGUGACCUCAUCAAGUUUGAUGUCACUGAUGGCAUCAACCCGCUAAUUGACAGGUACUUUUAUGUGACAGUAGGCGGAAUAGACAUGGUGUUCCCUGAUGUUGUUAGCAAAGGCGUGUCUCUGAAAGAAGGUGGCAGGGUGAUCCUGACCACGGACUUACUCAGCACCAGCGAUCUCAACAGUCCCGACGAACAUUUGGUUUUCACCAUCACGCGAGCCCCCACGCGUGGCCACCUAGAGUGCACCGACACCCCAGGCAUGCCCGUCGCGUCUUUCACUCAGCUUCAGCUGGCCGGCAGCAAAAUCUACUACGUCCACACCGCAGACGACGAGGUCAAGAUGGACAGCUUCGAGUUUGAGGUGACUGACGGUUACAACCCUGUGUUCCGCACCUUCCGCAUCUCCAUAAGCGGCGUGGACAACAAAAAGCCCGUGGUCACCGUUCAUGGGCUGGUGGUCAACGAGGGCAAGAGCAAGCUGAUCACACCCUUCGAGCUGACGGUGGAGGACCGUGACACUGUGGACAGACUCCUAAAGUUCACCGUCACCCAGUUGCCCAUCCACGGUAAGAUCCUGUUCAACAACACCCGGCCUGUCACCACCUUCACCAAGCAGGACCUGAACGAGAACAUGAUCAGCUAUAAGCACGACGGGACAGAGUCGGCUUCCGACAGCUUCUCCUUCACCGUCACAGACGGGACCCAUGCGGACUUCUACGUCUUCCCCGACACGGUUUUCGAAACGCGCAAGCCGCAGGUGAUAAGGAUCACAAUCCUCUCCGUCGACAAUGGCAUCCCGCAGAUUGUGGUCAACAAGGGUGGUACAAUGCUAAGAACCUUGCCCACAGGACACCUGGGGUUCCUGAUUACCAGUAAAGCGCUCAAGGCCGAGGACAGAGACAGCGCUCGUGGAGCUGUGACUUUUAGAGUCGCGGUGGGCGCUAAGCACGGCUACCUCAUCAACCUGAGCAAAGGAAAUGCCAGCAUCACCACAUUUACGCAAGCCGACAUUGACGACAUGCAUGUCUGCUACGUACUUCGAGAUGGAGACAGUGCCACAAGUGAUAUUUUCUAUUUCUCCAUCGAAGACAAUGGGGGCAAUCAGCUGAGGAACCAGCCCUUCCGGCUAGCCUGGGCCUGGAUCUCCCUGGAGAAGGAGUACUACGUGGUGAAUGAGGAGGCCAAGGCCCUGGAGGUGACGCUGAGGCGCAGGGGCUACCUCGGCGAGACAUCGUUCGUCAGUAUUGGUACCAGCGAUGGGACAGCAGAGAAAGACAAAGACUUCCGAGGCAAAGCCCAGAAGCAAGUACAGUUCAAUCCAGGUCAGACCACGGCCACCUGGAGGGUACGGAUCCUUGCUGACAACCUCUACGAGCAGUCGGAGACCUUCAUGAUUGUCCUGUCCGAGCCUGUGAUGGGAGCGCUGGAGUUUCCACAGGCAGCCACUGUGGAGAUCGUGGAUCCCGGGGACGAGUCCACAGUAUUCAUCCCUUUGGCUACGUACUCCAUUGAGGAAGACAUUGGAGAGCUGCUGAUUCCUGUCCGGAGGUCCGGGGAUGUCAGCGAAGAGUUAAUGGUCAUUUGCUUCACACAACAAGGCACGGCCACUGGCACCGUUCCCACCACUGUGCUGUCCUACUCGGACUACAUCUCGCGGCCUGAGGAGCACGGCAGCGUGCUGCGCUUCGACAGGGGCGAGGCGGAGAAGGCGUGCCGCGUGGUGGUGAUUGACGACUCCCUGUACGAGCCCGAGGAGAGCUUCAACGUCACCCUCAGUAUACCCAUGGGCGGCCGGCUGGGCCAGGAGUACCCCACCGCCAGGAUAACCAUCCUGCCCGACUCUGACGACGCGCCCGUGUUCUAUUUCGGAGAGUCGGAGUACCACGUAGACGAGAGCGACGGGUACGUUGAGAUUCGGGUUUGGAGGAUGGGCACAGACCUCUACAAGACGGGCACGGUUACGGUGCGCUCCCGAAAGGCCGACCCCGUCUCCGCUGAAGCUGGAGUGGACUAUGUGGGGAUCAGCAAGAGCCUCGCCUUCGCCCCGGGGGUCACCAUGCAGACGUUCCGAGUGGCCAUCCUGGACGACCUGGGCCAGCCUGUGCUGGAGGGCCUGGAGAGGUUCGAGCUGGUCCUUCGCAUGCCCAUGAACGGAAGCGUGGGUGAGCCGGGCAGAGCCAUCGUCUUCAUCAACGACUCGGUCUCGGACUUGCCGAAGGUGCAGUUCCGCGAUGCAGCGUACGUGGGCAACGAGGGCGACGGGACGAUUACGGCGGUGGUGUAUCGCAGUGGGGACCUUCGCUACCGCUCCAGCGUACGCUGUUACAGCCGUCAGGGGUCAGCCCAGGUCAUGAUGGACUUCCACGAGCGGCCCAACACAGACGGCUCUCUCAUCACCUUCCUGCCUGGCGACGUGGAGAAACCCUGCACUCUCGUGCUCGUGGAUGACACGGAGCACGAGGAGGUGGAGGAGCUAAGGCUGGUACUGGGGAGCCACAGGAGCGACUCCCCAUUCGGGGCGUCCGUAGGAGCACAGAACGAGACGCUCGUCAGGAUACAGGACGCCGCCGACAAGCCAGUCAUCAGGUUCGGGGCGACUAAGUUCAGUGUGAGAGAGCCCACCGAGUCUGGCCAGGUCUCUGUGGUCACAGUGCCCGUGCAGAGGGUGGGUGACAUCUCCAAGGUGUCGGUGGUGCGUGUGCACACCAAAGAUGGCUCGGCGGCCUCCGGAGAGGACUACCACCCCGUGUCGGAAGACGUCGUGUUCAGAGUGGGGGAGACGGAGCAUGCGGUGGAGAUCGAGAUUCUGUACGACGGCGUGCGCGAGAUGAGGGAGGCGUUCACCGUCCACCUGAAGCCCGACGAGAACAUGGUGGCUGAGAUCCAGGUGACCAAAGCCAUUGUCUACAUCGAGGAGGGGAACAGCAUGGCCGACGUGACCUUUCCCGCGGUGCCCGUGGUCGUGUCCCUCAUGCAGUACGACGACACCGCGGACACCCGGACCGGUCGGCCGGCGGCCGGCUACCCGCUCAUCUGCGUCACGGCCUGCAGCUCCAAGUACCCGACCUUCGAGCGCACAGGCCCCAUCUGCGCCAGCGAGCAGAUCAACAACACGCUGACGCGUUACCGCUGGCUCGUGAGUGCCCCCGCGGGGCCGGACGGCGUCACCAGCCCCAUGAGGGAGUUGGACUUCGACACUUUCUUCACCUCGUCCAAAAGCAUCACCCUGGACUCCAUAUACUUCCAGGCGGGCUCGCGGGUGCAGUGUGCCGCCCGGGCCGUGAACGCCAACGGGGAUGAGGGGCUGGAACUCAGCAGCCACGUCGUCUCCAUCAGCCUGGAGGAGGGUUUGUGCCAGCCCCGCGUCCUGGGCACAGUGGGCGCUGAGCCAUUCUCUGCCAAGCUGCGCUACACUGGGCCAGACGACUCCCAUCACCCCAACCUCAUCAAACUGACCGUCACCAUGCCCCACAUAGACGGGAUGCUGCCGGUGGUGUCCACACACCCUCUCUCCAACUUCGAGCUGACCCUGAGUCCGGACGGGUCACGCGUGGCCACCCACCGCUGCUCCAACUUGCUGGACGCGGCGGAGGUGCGCACCAGGCACGGCUUCGUCACCGGGGCGACGCACCACCCGGAGGCUGCUGGCGGCGCCGCGCCGUACCAGUACAGCGCCGCUCUGCGGGGGCGGAGCACGCUGCGCUUCUACCAGAACCUCCACCUGGAGGCAUGCACAUGGGUGUUCAUCAGCUACUACGACAUGUCUGAGCUGCUGAGCGACUGCGGAGGGACCAUCGGCACAGACGGGCAGGUGCUAAACCUGGUGCAGUCCUAUGUCACCUUGCGUGUGCCUCUCUAUGUGUCCUAUGUGUUCCACUCCCCCGUGGGCGCCGGUGGCUGGCAGCACUUCGACCUGCACUCUGAGCUCAGGCUCACGUUUGUCUACGACACUGCCAUCUUGUGGAGGGACGGCAUUGGCAGCCCACCGGAGGCAGAGUUACAAGGUGCCCUCUAUCCUACCAGCAUGCGCAUCAGUGAACAGGGACGUCUGGUGGUGAACUUCCGCACAGAAGCCCACUUCAGAGGUCUGUUUGUGACGUCCCACCUUGCUUCACCCUUGACCUCCAUGAUCUUGUGUGCGGAGCACCCUGGACUGACCUUCAACCUCAGCCUGGUGAGGAGCGAGCCAACCUACAACCAGCCGAUGCAGCAGUGGACGUUUGUCUCCGACUUCGCCGUGAGAGACUACUCAGGUACCUACACGGUGAAGCUGGUGCCCUGCACCACGCCCCCGAGUCUGCAGUACACUCUGCCUCCCGUGUGCAGUCCCCGAGAGCUUGUGACCUUUGACCUGGACAUCCGCUUCCAGCAGGUGAGCGACCCGGUCGCGGCCGAGUUUAGCUUGAACACGCAGAUGUUUCUGUUGUCCAAGAGGACCCUGUGGCUGUCAGAUGGUUCCAUGGGCUUUGAACAAGAGACUGACACCGCCUUCUCUGAAGGUGACACCAUCUAUAGCCGCGUCAUGGUGGACCCCGUGCAGAACCUCGGCGACUCCUUCGUCUGCAACAUCGAGAAGGUGUUCCUGUGCACGGGCGCGGAUGGAUACGUGCCAAAGUACAACCCCGACACUUUUGAGUAUGGCUGCUUGGCCGAUGCACCAUCCUUGCUCUACCGGUUCAAGAUCAUCGACAAAGCGCAGCCCGAGACUCAGGCCAGGACGUUUGGUAGCAUUAGUUUCAACGCUGUCCUGGCUGUGGACGACCCACAGGCACUGGCUUUGGUCAGGCAGCCCGGGUCAGACGGCUUUAGGCUGGACUCCGCGUCCCUGUUUCAGGUAUCCACCGGGAGGGAGUGGUACAUCCAUGCCAUCUACACCGUCCGCUCCAAAGCCAACGCCAACCGGGGAAUUGGGAAAAGGAGCCUGGAGUACCACCAAGUGGCCGGUUACACGCCUCGGUACAGCUUACCACGGCCCAGGAGGUCCGUCACGGGUGCUCCGGCCCCGGCGGAGGAGAUCGGCGGCGAGAAUGAGCGUGGAACCAACAUCCUGCACAUAGCACUGAAGCGCGACAGUCGGCGCCGCCCCCGCCCCGACGACGGCAUCCAGGCUGCGGUCGCGCCCACCGAGAGGGAGCGCACGGACGCCGGAGAGGACCACAUGGUGACGGUCGCCGGGAUCCUGGCGGCCCUUCUCCUCACGGUUCUCCUCCUCGCGCUCGCCGUGCUGGCGGCCCGGAGCAGGCGUGAGAGGAAGUCGGAGGUGCUUCCGAAAGGGUCUGGCAGCACGGAGCCCAUGAUGACACACGCCCUCGACACCCACGACAGCUCUGAGGUGUGAUCUUCUCACUGAGACGUUUACUCCACCCAUCGCAACCAUUUUUGUUUUGCAAGUGCCUCUUAUGUACUUUGACAAGCAAGAGACUGAGAAGAACUGAGAAGAAUUACGCUGAGUAAUGGCUGGUUCAUGUCAUCGUAACUGACACUGAGACGCCUUCCUCAGCUGUCUUAAGAUGACGAGCAGUGUAUUGCUUUGGGAAGACCAGGCCCAGAUCUCACAGGGACUUUCACUUGGUCAUUCCUGAAGCAAAGAUCUCUGAAGCACAAGUAUUAUUUUACGAUUCUGAGGAAGUCCAUAGAAAGUGUUUACCUAAAGGAGGCACUUAUUGUCUACUACUACAUUGACAAUAUGUUAUCAUCUACAACAUGCAUCAAGUUUAUUUAAAUCCAAAGGUGCUAGAAGCUGCCUACCCAGGUGGAUAGGAGCGUAUCUGUACAAAUGUGGGGUAUUUUUCUUUCAUUUAAUGUGGUUCAAGGAUCAUUUAAGUUCAACGGUCGCAUUAUAUAUUUCAAAUCACGUUGUACUGAAGUGUUACUGGUGUUAGCGGUGACUUCAGAUUGUUUUUAAAAGCUUCUUUUGUGUUACGGUGGGUAGUUUCCCAUUACACAGAACUACAGUUGCUCAGUGCAGUACUCAUUUUUUUUUAAGUUUUGUUUUCUUAUAUUUUUACAAACCAGCGUGACCCCAUUUUGGUCAGUAUUUUUUGCAUGACUGCUUGUAUAAUGUAAAUUCAUAUAAAGCCUUGGGGGGGCGAGGGGGGGGAGUGUUCAAAUGGAUUUUAACCGAUUUGUGUUUUCAUAUGUUCACUUCAUUUUAUCGAUUUGUGUGUUUGUUUUGACUUCGUCCCGAACAUCGCACGUUGGGCGUCAUGGUGACAAAUCUAGUUCCGCGCGAGUGUAGUGAGUUCAUCAUUAAGAAUUGCUAGGAGACUGUGGUGAGGUUAUCACUAGGACACCAAACACCCUGCUGGGUCUCAGAAUGCUUCCUGGGUGUUAAACCCAGUCAGUUCUGAGGACCACUGCUACUGCAGCGUUUGUGCGCUUUCGGGUUCUCCACGGUUGCGUGUUGUUGUGUGGCGGUGUAUUUGAUCAGAUGCUAAGUGUACGCAAGUAUAAAUUACCGGGGCGACAAGCUACAGAAACGCAGCUGCAGUGAUGCGUUUUAUUCAAGAUUGGCUUACCUGGACAACGUACGGAUAACCCACACGCUUAUUUGUAUGAGUUUGCACUCAUAUGAGAAUAGCUAUGACUAUUUAUUUAUUGCUUAAUCAUCCGUCUAGUGGGCACUGUGUACAGAAGGACCACGGUCAGCCACAGUUAUUCAGAUACAUAAAGUAGGUGUAGUUGUGCACUUGUGUUCACCGGUUACAUUAGUUAGGCCAUGAUUAAAUGUGACGUGACCUUCUGACCUCGUCUGAAACAGGUUCAAGUGGUCACAUGUUUAAAGACGUGCUAUGCAAUUCACAGUCGGAUUCUGCUUGUGCAUUGUAGGUUUUUUUAUAGGGUUCGUGUUUUUCACCGUUUCACGUUCUUGUGAACAUGGGAUUUUUUUUUGGAAUUCAGUUUACACGUGCGUAAUCGAGUUACUCCUGCUUAUGUACAUACGUGAUUGCAUAGAAAUAUCGAUGUUUUCUUGGGGAAUGGUCAGCGUUGACUACUAUAUUCAUAAUCACAAACCAUAGGUGUUUUCUGUUUUAAAGAAAGGUGUCUUUGUAACUUGACUGCUGUUUAUGAAAUGCAGAUGAAUUAACAAACAUUACCUGGUGUGCAUUGUGCUUUUCUA